UCCUGAAAGUCCUUGAUGUUUGUUGAAACACAGUCUGGCUCAGGACCCAGGCGCUCCGGUCCCGGAGCCGUGCUCUCCCGCCUAGAGGCUGUGUCUGCCCUUCUGAACCCUCUGCCGUCUCCUCGAGGACCGUCCCAGCGGUGUCCUGGAGGCCGGGCAGGCUCUGGGCCCGGAGCACUCGCGCGGGAGGAGGGCAAGGAGAGGGUCUCCUCAGGAGAUGGGGUGGUGCAGACGGGCCUGCUUGUCUGGGAGCCCAGGUACCUCCUGGACAACGGCUCCCAUGACGGCUGGAUCCAGGUGCCCCUCUCCUCCCAGGAGGACGAGGCCCAUAGCUUGGUGAUGGGUACGGAUCUGCCCCUAAUUAAUGCCAGAGGGCCUCUUGAGGGAGGAAUCCUGCUUUUCAGCAAGACUCAGGCCUCUGCCUUGAAAAGAUCUUUUGAGGUCGAGGAGGUCGAGACGCCCAACUCCACCCCGCCCCGGAGGGUCCAGACUCCCCUGCUCCGGGCCACUGUGGCCAGCUCCACGCAGAAGUUCCAGGACCUGGGUGUGAAGAAUUCAGAGCCCGCAGCCCGCCAUGUAGACUCCCUAAGCCAGCGAUCCCCCAAGGCUGCCCUGCGGAGGGUCGAGCUCUCGGGGCCCAAGGCCGAGCCCGUGUCUCGGCGCACCGAGAUCUCCAUCGACAUCUCGUCCAAGCAGGUAGAGAACGCCGGCACCGCUGGGCCGUCCCGGUUCGGGCUCAAGAGGGCCGAGGCGCUGGGCCACAAGACGCCAGAGUCCGCCCCUCGGAGGACGGAGAUCACCAUAGUCAAGCCCCAGGAGUCAGCCCACCGGAGGGUGGAGACCCCUGCCUCCAAGAUCCCCGAGGUGCCCGCCGCCCCCGCCGCCGACGCAGCCCCCAAGAGGGUCGAGAUCCAGGUGCCCAAGCCAGCCGAGGCACCCGCCUCCCCCAUCCCACCCCUGGCCCUGGAGAAUUCAGAACCCAUCCCGAUGUCUCAGCUGCAGAGCAGGCUGGAGCCCAAGCCCCAGCCCCCCAUGGCCGAGGCCCCACCCAAGAGCCAGGAGGCCACCGAGGCAGCUCCCGGCAGCAUUGGCGACAUGGCUGACACCCCCAGAGAUGUGGGGCUCAAGCAGGCGCCCGCGCCGCGGACCGAGAAGGCCCCGGUGGACUUCGGCUAUGUGGGGAUCGACUCCAUCCUGGAGCAGAUGCGCAGGAAGGCCAUGAAGCAGGGCUUCGAGUUCAACAUCAUGGUGGUCGGGCAGAGCGGCUUGGGAAAGUCCACCUUGAUCAAUACCCUCUUCAAAUCUAAGAUCAGCCGGAAGUCGGUGCAGCCCACCUCGGAGGAGCGCAUCCCUAAGACUAUUGAGAUCAAGUCCAUCACACACGAUAUCGAGGAGAAGGGCGUCCGCAUGAAGCUGACGGUCAUCGACACGCCGGGGUUCNUCUCAUCCGUGUCCUUCUGCUCCAGCCUCAGGCCCUUGGACAUCGAGUUCAUGAAGCGCCUGAGCAAAGUGGUCAACAUCGUCCCGGUCAUUGCCAAGGCCGACACGCUGACCCUGGAGGAGAGGGUCUACUUCAAACAGCGGAUCACCGCGGACCUGCUGUCCAAUGGCAUCGACGUGUACCCCCAGAAGGAGUUUGAUGAGGACUCGGAGGACCGGAUGGUGAACGAGAAAUUCCGAGAGAUGAUCCCAUUCGCCGUGGUGGGCAGUGACCACGAGUACCAAGUGAAUGGGAAGAGGAUCCUGGGAAGGAAAACCAAAUGGGGCACCAUCGAAGUUGAGAACACCACACACUGUGAGUUUGCUUACCUGCGGGACCUCCUCAUCAGGACGCACAUGCAGAACAUCAAGGACAUCACCAGCAGCAUCCACUUCGAGGCCUACCGCGUGAAGCGCCUGCACGAGGGCAGUGGCGCCGUGGCCAACGGCGUCCAGGACAAGGCGCCCGAAGCCCAGGAGGUGUAGGCGCCGCCUGGCCGGGACCCUGCCCCCGGGACCCUGCCCCGAGUCUUUCCGUCCCUCACCGCCCCACUUGCCCCAUUUUAUUUUAUAUAAUUUUCUCCAUGUGUCAUCGAUCUCUGCCCCUUUACACCUGCCAAGUAACAAGAUGACGAGUGCCCUCUGAGUAUGUUCGUGAUUAGCCCGCAGACUACAGGGACCCGGGCUGGGAGCGCCUCGGAGUGGAGGCCGGCUCUCUGGCCAUUGCUGAGGUCCAGGAGGGGCGGGGGGGACCACUGACUCAGUCCUGACCCUGCCUCCAUCUCGGGGUGGUGCCCGCGGUGGGUGGAACCAUCCUGGUGGACCUGGAGCCUCUUCCUGCCCCUGCCUCCCCACCCAGCGCUGGCCGUGACUCAGAGCCCCCUACCCGGCCCCCAAGGGGGGAGCAGUUCCUUCCACGAGACCCAGUUUGCCAACUGCUUAGAUGCCGCAGGGCCCGUUGGCUGCUGCCCGCCCGCAAGCCUGUCCCGGAGCAGAAAGUGCCUUUAUCUCAGCCGUCCGUGAGAGCCGGCAGACUCUCCCCAGCUGUCCCCCUGGACGGGAAGUUGGGGCACGUUGGAGAGAGGAAGGUGUGUCUUCAUCUGCCCCUCAUGUCCCGGGUCCCCGCCGCCCUCCCCUCCUCCCCCUGCUGGGAUUUGACUGAGGAGCCAAAGGAAGGAA